UUUUACAGGCUACUACAAGCAACAACACCAAUAAUAACAAAGACCACAAAUUCCAAACAAAAGCAAUCACGAAGCUGAAAAAUUUCAAUAUCGCUAAUAUACUUAGGCUAGGCCUAUUAUUGCGUUCAUACAGCAUGGCCUGGCGAUCCGUGGGUGCAAAUAAUGCAGAUCUAAUUCGUCAACUACGAGAUUACGGCGUCAUUGCAACAGAAGCUGUGGCAAAUGCAAUGAUUGCCACAGAUCGUAAAUACUACUGUCCUCGUAAUCCAUAUAUGGAUGCACCGCAACCAAUCGGCGGUGGGGUAACUAUCAGUGCACCUCAUAUGCACGCCUUUGCUUUGGAAUAUCUGCGAGAUAAAUUGAAGCCUGGUGCCCAUGUACUGGACGUAGGUUCAGGUUCUGGAUAUCUAACAGCCUGCUUUUAUCGGUACAUAACGGCAAAAGGCGAAAAUGCCAACACUCGAAUCGUAGGGAUUGAGCACCAAAAGACGUUGGUAGAAUUGAGCAAGGAAAAUCUGAACUCUGAUGAUCGUUGUAUGCUAGAGUCGGGAACUAUGAUCAUCGUUGAGGGAGAUGGCCGGAAAGGACAUCCCGCUCUAGCGCCAUAUGACGCCAUCCAUGUAGGUGCCGCUGCACCCGAUACCCCCACCGAAUUAAUAAAUCAACUGGCCAAUGGAGGACGUCUAAUUGUUCCCGUUGGCCCGGAGCGUGGCACACAGUACAUGCAGCAGUACGACAAGGAUGCCAACGGCAAAGUGGAGAUGACACGUCUAAUGGGAGUCAUGUAUGUUCCUCUAACGGAUCUGCGGUCUUGACUGCAUUACCUGCCAAAAGUAUUGAUCCCUGUGCUGCUGCUUGGUAUUGUUCUCUACCAAUUAUGGAUAUAUUAUCAUUAGCGUUGGUUUUAUCUAAUUGUUAAGACAAAAUCCCCAAAAUCAAGAAUUUAAAGUGCUUCUUUCUAUGUAUUA